GCUGACCGAGCGCGCAGUCUCGGCCCAGAGGCCCCGUGGUGGGGAGGUCCGCGACGCCCGUGCCGUCUUCCAGUUCGCUAGAGCCACCACCUAACUGACGGAUUGCACCAAAAAGGGCCACACCAUGAGAGCCUACCUGCUGUGGGUGGGCCUCCUAUCGGCGGCACUCACCCUCUCCCUGUCUGAGUCCGCCUCGGAGGGUAGCUUCUUUGAGUGCCCUCAGGACUGGAUGCUGAGAGGCCAGCACUGUUACCGUUUCUUCAACAUUCACCACUCCUGGGACAAAGCUGCUGAACUCUGUCAAAGAUAUGGCUCUCACCUAGUCGUCGUUCAAACCUAUGACCAGAACAACUUCACCCGUCACCUAGCUGACGAGAACGCCGAAGAUGGCGACCGCGAUCGCUACUGGCUUGGUUUCCGAACUCUGGACGACCUCAGCACCAACAGCUUGGAGACAGCGGCCGGCACUCUGCAGAGCCAGUAUAUCGGCUUUUGGGACCGGGGUAACCCGCGUGCUGAGCUGGGCGAGUGUGUUCGGGCUAGGUUCACCGAUUCGGAACAGAGCUGGGCCCUGACCACCUGCGAGCAGCUGCUACCAUUCAUGUGCCGUGCCACCGCCUGCCUCAAGGGACACUUCCACUGCGCUAACGGCAACUGCGUCAAUGGCGCCUUCAAGUGCGACGGCGAAGAUGAUUGUGGUGACAUGAGUGAUGAGAGCGACUGUCAGGAUACUUCUCCCUGUCACGAGUACCAGCGCUCGUCGUCUGGUACCAUCGAGUCUCCUGGAUACCCGGAAAGGUACCCGGCCAACCGCGAGUGCAAAUGGACCCUGGAGGCACCUGUUGGACACCGGAUUACACUGCAGUUUUCUGCUUUCGACACGGAGAAAGACUUUGACACCGCCCAGAUCCUGAGCGGAGGUGCCACCGAGGAGUCAGCCGUCAACAUCAUGACCCUGAGCGGCCAGGAGGACCUCGCCUCCAAGCUCUUCACCUCCGCGUCCAACUUCAUGAUCAUCAAGUUCAGGAGUGACGCCAGCGUGGAGAAAUCUGGCUUCAGGGCGUCGUGGAAGUCGGAGCCACAGCAGUGCGGCGGUGACCUGGUCGCUCCGGCCUCCCCCCAGCGCCUGACCUCGCCCGGCUACCCGGAGAACUAUCCCGGGGGUCUCGAGUGUCUCUAUAUCAUCAGCGCGCCGCUCGGACAGAUUAUCACACUGCAGAUCGAAGACCUCGACCUGGAGGCCGGUAACGACUACAUCCGUAUCCGUGACGGGCCGAGUCCGGACGACCGUCAGCUGGCGUGGCUGACUGGCUCUGCCCCCGAGAGGCGGUUCAUUUCCUCCACGGGGAACGUCCUCUACCUCUACGUCAGGACCGACCUGGGCAACAGCCGCAGGGGCUUCAGCAUCAAGUACAGAGCAGGCUGUGACGUGACCCUGAAGGCAGACAACGGUAGCGUGUACUCGCCUGUGUACGGUUUGGCCGACUAUCCGACCAACUUGCAGUGUGACUACCUGAUCCAGCGCCCGGCCGGGGGUCCGCUGAGUCUGCGCUUCACACAUCUGAACCUGGAUGAGACGGACGCCGUGCAGGUCUAUGACGGCCCGGACAGCUCCAGUCUCCGCCUACACUCGGGUGACGGAUUCACAGGUCCCUCUCCGCCCCAGCUAACCCUGACGGCUCAGUCGGGUCAGAUGCUGGUCAGGUUUAACUCGGACCCGCUGAAAACGGCCAAGGGAUUCCAGGCCGUGUUCUCGUCAGACUGCCCGAUGCUGGAGCCCGGUAAGGGAGCCAUCGGUACGAGCCGUGAGACCAUCUUCGGCACCCGGGUGACCUUCACUUGCCCAGCGGGGCAGGAGUUUGCCACCGGCAAGUCCAAGAUCAUGACCGAGUGUUUGCCAGGUGGCAAGUGGACCGUCAGCUAUAUCCCCGACUGCCAGGAGGUCUACUGUGGCCCGGUGCCCCAAAUCGACAACGGCUUCUCCAUCGGUGCGACCAACGUCACUUUCCGCGGAGAGAUCACGUACCAAUGUUACGCCGGGUUCGCGUUCCCGUCCGGCCAGCCCCUGGAAACCAUUAGCUGCUCGGCCGACGGCAACUGGGGAAAGCUGCCCGUCUGUCUGGCCUCCCAGUGCCCGUCGCUGCCGGACGUGCCGUUCGCGCAGAAGAAACAGCUCAACGGAGGCGGACGGAGCUACGGCACCGUUGUCAGAUACGAGUGUGAGCCCGGAUAUGUUCGUUCCGGUGUCCCGGUCCUCUUCUGUAUGAGCAACGGCACCUGGAGCAGCGAGGUGCCCAGCUGUUCUCGCGUGCGGUGCCCCGCCCUGCCCACCAUUUCCGACGGCUACGUGCUCUCUCCCGCUGCCGAAUACUACUACGGUGACGAGGCCUCGGUGCAGUGCUACCGCGGCUUCCGACUGACCGGCUCUGCAGUCAUCACCUGUGGGCCUGAGCAGCAGUUCAUCAAUGUGCCAGAGUGCCAGGACAUCAACGAGUGCGCUGCUGCCAAGUGUGACCUGGCCUCUACCAACUGUACCAAUACUGCCGGCUCGUACCACUGCGGCUGUCGGCCCGGGUUCGCGCCCAACCUGCAGUGCAGACCUGUGUCAGAGCUGGGUGUCAGCAGUGGGGCCAUCAGUGACGAGGAUAUAUCGGUCUCCGGGACGGAGGACGGAUAUGAUAAGAAUGCUGUUCGUCUCAACGCCGAAGGCGGCUGGUGCGGCGCCCGGGAGGGUCCCAAGGUCAACUGGGUCAUGAUCGACCUCCGGGCACCCACCGUCGUCCAUGGUUUCCGCAUCCAGCCCGUAUCUCGUCCAGACCGCAGCGUGGCCUAUGCCAAGAGCCUGAGGCUGUACUAUACCAACGAGCUGACGGAUGUACUGAAGGAGUAUCAGACCAGCAGCGGGGCACCCGUAGAGUUCCGCACGGCUGGAGCCGGACUGUCGGUGAUCAGCAUGCCGGCGCCCGUGGAGGCCAGAUAUGUGCGGCUCACCAUACUGGAUUAUGAGGUGGCGCCGUGCAUGCGUAUGGAGCUGAUGGGCUGCUCGCGGUCCGAGUGUACCGAUAUUGACGAAUGUGCCACCAACAAUGGAGGGUGCCACCAGAAAUGCGUCAACUCUGCCGGAUCAUUCUCCUGUCAAUGCGAGGAAGGAUACGAGCUGUUCACCAAGAACGGAACCGCCGGCUUCUCCGUGGCUCCUUCAGAGACCGGCCUCAGGGACGGCGACACCUACCGCAUCAACAAGACGUGUGUGCCCAAGCAGUGCCCCGGUAUUGAAGAUCCUGUUAACGGACUGCUGGUCUCCACUCAGGACCAGUACCACUACCGUGACGUCAUCAGCUUCUACUGCAACUUCGGCUACGUGCUGCAGGGCGCCAGCUCUCUGCAGUGUACCUCCAGUGGAGAGUGGAACGGAACGGUACCCACCUGCGAGUACGCCUCCUGCCCACCGCUGGAGGGUGACGCCGCCGAGGGUCUCUCCGUCACCCUUACAAACCAGGAGGACGAGGAAGAGACCGAACAGCUCACCGUACCGUUCAGAGAGAACAUUACGAUCGCCUGCUCAGAGACAGGAAAACCGCUGCGCAACACACGCACAGCUGGAUUUAGACAGUGUGUCUAUGAUCCGAAACCAGGCACUCCGGACUACUGGAUCUCCGGCACUCCCCCCGCCUGUCCCCGCAUUGACUGCGGAGUGCCUCCCACUACCCCGGGAGGGUCCUACGGAAACUACGCUGACACCAUGUACGAGAGCAGCUUCUUCUUCGGGUGUGAAGACACCUUCAGCCUGGCCGGACAGAGCUCGUCAAACGACAACGUGGUGCGGUGUCAGGCGGACGGUACGUGGGACUUUGGCGACCUGCGCUGUGAGGGACCCGUCUGUGUGGACCCCGGCCGGCCGGCCGACGGAGCCCAGAUCGCCACCAGCUACGAGCAGGGCUCCAAGGUUUCGUUCACCUGCAACAAGCCCGGCUACAUUCCGUUCUCGGGAGAGCCAAUUGAAUGUGUUCGUCAGCCCGAGUGUGCUACCAUCCGGCCACUGGGAAUCACCGACGGCAGAAUACCAGCGGCCUCCAUCAACGCCAGCACGCAGCGUGCCAACUACGAGUCAGACAAGGUGCGUCUAAGCUCUGUGACGGGCUGGUGCGGCCAGCUGGACCAGCCCUUCACCUACGUCCAGGUCGACCUCGGGACGCUGCAUAGGGUCAAGGCCAUUCUUCUGAAGGGCGUGGUCACCAAUGACGUGGUCGGACGACCCACCGAGAUCCGCUUCUUCUACAAACGAUCCGAGGACGAAGACUACGUGGUGUACUUCCCCAACUUUAACCUGACCGCUCGCGACCCGGGCAAUUACGGAGAACUGGCUAUGAUUACUCUACCAGAAUCGGUGGAAACCCGAUUCGUCAUUCUCGGCAUCAUCUCGUACGACAAGAACCCGUGUCUCAAGUUCGAGCUGCUGGGCUGUGAAGUGGAGGAGACCCAGCCACUCCUGGGUUUCGACAUGGGUUACUCGAUGUGUGUAGACGCCGAGCCUCCCCAGUUCGUCAACUGCCCCAGCGAAUUGCUUCAGGUUACCAAGGGCGAGAACGGCCAGAUUCUGCCCGUCAACUUUACCGAGCCGAUUGCCACUGACAACUCGGGUAUGAUUGUGAGGACGGACGUGCGCCCGGCCGGAUUCAGCCCUCCCGUCUAUGUGUUCAGGGAUCUGAUGCUGGAGUACUUGGCGUUCGACUUUGACGGCAACGUGGCCAUCUGCCAGAUGAACAUCACCGUCCCCGACGACACCCCUCCGAGGAUCACGUGUCCUCAGAGCUAUGUGGUGGAGCUGGUAGAGGAACAGGAGCUCUAUGAGAUCAACUUCAACCGCUCCCGCAGCCAGGUCACCGUCUCAGACGACACUGAUGACGCGGAUUCCAUUCAGGUUGUAUUCGAACCCUCUGCGGCACGAAUUCCGAUCGGAGGCUAUGAAAACGUCACGGUCACGGCUAAGGACGCGUCCGGCAACAGCGCGCAGUGUCACUUCCAGGUCGCCGUUCAGGCCACCCCGUGCGUGGCCUGGGACCUGAAGGCACCGGCCAACGGUGACGUCAACUGCCUCCCCAGCGAGUCGGGCGGACUGCGCUGCCUGGCCACGUGCAAAGAGGGCUACCGUUUCACCGACGGUGAGGACAUCAAGCGGUUCGGCUGCCAGCCCAAGCAGGCCUGGGAGCCGGCCAGCGUGGUCCCCGACUGCGUUACUGAAGACACCCAGCAGGCCAGCUAUGACGUCAGCGCCAGGAUCAGCUACCGCUCCAACGGCGCCGUGGCGCCCGAGUGUGUCAACAUGUAUAAGGAGGAGCUGAAGCAAUUCCACGCCGACCUCAGCUCCGUCCUCUCAGCUCGCUGCUCCCAGGCCGUCAACCUGAACAUGGAUGUCAGGCUUCUGGACGGUGGCGCCAGGAGAAUCGCCGAGAAUAUGGUCGAGCUGGAGCACGUGCUGCGUAUCACCCCGGAGGUGUCCCAGCCGCUGCUGUACGACCUCUGCGGCCUGAACCUCGGACUCAUCUUCGAGCUGGCCGUGCCCUCGACCUCUGUGGUCAUCCAGCCCCUCAUUGAUGUCGAUGCUAUCGGUAACCAGUGCCCCCCGAUGCGCGCUCUGGACAGCAAUGUGACCCGCGGCUUUACCUGCUCCACGGGAGAGGUUCUCAACUCUGAGUCGAGCAACACCAACGUGCCCAGAUGCCUGCACUGCCCUGCCGGAACAUUCGCCAAAACCGAGGACGAGGAGUGCACAGUGUGUCCCAUGGGCCAGUACCAAGACCAAAGCCGGCAGGGCGCCUGCAAGAGCUGUCCCUCGGGCACCUAUACCAGACACGAGGGAAGCAAGAGCGUCAAGGAUUGCGUUCCCGUGUGCGGCUACGGCACCUACUCGCCCUCUGGCCUGGUGCCCUGCCUGGAGUGUCCGCGGAACAGCUUCACCAUGGCACCUCCUGCUGAUGGAUUCAAGGAGUGCUCCUCGUGCCCUCCCGAUACCUUCACUCACGCCCAGGCGGCUAACGAUCAGGCACUCUGCCGAGCCAAGUGCGCUCCGGGUAGCUACUCAGCCAACGGUUUGGAGCCCUGCUUCUCCUGCCCUGUGAACUUCUUCCAGCCUAUCGAGGGCGCCAACACGUGUUUCGAGUGUCCCACGGGCAACACCACCCGCUCGGAAGGCGCCGUCUCUCCCACGGAUUGUGUGCCGGUGACCUGCUCUGAGGAUACCUGCGAGCAUGGUGGACUGUGCCAGAUGCUGGGCCACCGUCCCAAAUGCUUCUGUCCGGCCGGCUUCAGCGGCGCCCGCUGUGAAAUCGAUGUCGACGAGUGCCUCUCGAGCCCGUGCUACAACGGAGGAUCGUGUAUCGACCAACAGCAGGGUUACCGGUGCCAGUGUGCUGCUGGUUACUCGGGAAUUAACUGUCAAAUCGAAGAGACUGACUGUGUGGAGGAUACGUGCCCCGCCCGGGCUAUGUGCAUGGAUUUGCCCGGAGUCGGUCAGUUCGAGUGCCUGUGCCGCGAGGGAUACACUGGGCCCAGCUGUAACGUUACCGUCGACCCCUGCACGGAGACGGGCAACCCGUGUGAGCACGGUGCUCGCUGUGUUCCGCUACAGCAGGGCCGUUACCGGUGCGAAUGCGGCCCCGGCUGGUCGGGAGCGCGCUGUGAGGUCAACACAGACGACUGCUCGGAACAGCCGUGCCUGCUGGGAGCAGAGUGUACCGACCUGGUGAACGACUUCCAGUGCGCCUGUCCCACCGGGUUCGCCGGAAAGCGCUGUGAGCGGAAGAUCGACCUGUGCGCCGGCAGUCCAUGUGAAAAUGGCCUCUGCGUGGACCGGUUCUUCACACAUCAAUGCGUCUGCGACCCGGGAUGGACCGGCGCCUCUUGCGACAUCAACGUGGACGACUGUCGCUCGGAGCCCUGUGCCGCGGGCAGUACCUGUAUGGAUGAGGUGGAUGGAUUCAGCUGCAACUGCGCGCCUGGCUUCACCGGUAAACAGUGUCAGCACACUAUCGACGACUGCGCCAGUGAGCCGUGUCAGAACGGCGGCACCUGCAAGGAUGAACAGGAUGGAUUUACCUGCUCGUGCCGACCUGGCUUCGUCGGUCUGCAGUGCGAGGCCGAAAUCGACGAGUGCACCUCGAGUCCAUGCAGUCCCCAGGGCACGGAACGAUGUGUCGACUUGGACAACACGUUCCAGUGCGAAUGUCGUGUCGGGUACUCGGGGAGGUUGUGUGAGACUAACAAGGACGAAUGCGCCUCGAACCCGUGUCUGAACGAAGCCGUGUGUACGGACGGCCUGGACGAUUUCACCUGUUCCUGCCGCCCGGGAUGGACGGGAAAACGUUGCGAGACGGACAUUGGCAGCUGUGAGAGCGCCCCGUGCCUCAAUGAGGCCAACUGUAUUGAUCUAUUCCAGGGCUUCUUCUGCGCGUGUCCCUCUGGCACGGAUGGCUCGCGAUGUGAGGUCACCCCGGAGCGAUGCGUCGGAUCACCGUGUAUGAACGGAGGGUUCUGCAGGGAUUACGGCUCGGGUCUGAACUGCAGCUGCCCCGAUGAUUAUCUGGGAGUCGGCUGCCAACAUGAACUGGAUGCCUGCGAGGCAGGGCUCUGCCAGAACGGCGCCACUUGCGUGGAUAACGGUCUCGGCUACCAGUGCACGUGCGCCCCUGGUUACACUGGGAUGAACUGUGAGACUGCCAUUCCGCGCUGCACUGCGGGCAGCUGCCCGACGGGGGCUACCUGUGUUGAUCUGGUGGACGGACAUUACUGCCGCUGUCCGUUCAAUCUCACCGGAGAGGACUGCAGGAAGAGCAUCACGGUCGACUACGAUCUGUAUUUUAACGACGACUCAAAGUCUGCGUCUGCGUCUCUGUACGCGCCGUUCGACAUGCAGAAGGCCUCCCGCAUGUCCAUCGGUCUGUGGGUGCAGUUCAGCGCCCGGUUGGACAUUGGAACGUUCUUCACACUCUACGACGUCAGCUCCCUGCACGUGCCCUCCGACCGUCGCGUGAUUGUCCAGAUGCGCAGUCAUGGCGUGCUUCUAGACCUCUUCGAGGACGAGGAUGCCGUCUUCCUGGACUUCAACCCUCAGAUCCCUGUUAAUGACCGUCAAUGGCAUCAUAUUGUGCUCUCGUGGGAGUCAUCGGGUGCUGUUCAACUAGUCUCUGAUCUGGUGGUCAUUGGAAAACGUAACGACUACGGAGUCAACAAGACGCUGCCGGCGUUCGGUUACGUCACCCUGGGCGCUCCCCUGGCCGAAGACGGCACUCAGAUGGCCAAGUCUGGCUUCAAGGGCAAGCUGGCCCGAGUGAACAUGUGGUCCCGCAUGCUGGAUAUCAGGACAGAAAUCCCCAAACAGUUGGAGUCGUGCCGUAAGGCACCAGUACUGUACGACGGUCUCCUUCUCCGCUGGAGCGGCUACCACCAGCUCAUGGGCACAGUGGAGCGCGAGGGCCCCUCCAGCUGUGGACAGCUGAUCUGUGCUCCAGGAUACACUGGCGACUGCACCACACGGGCCAGGGAUAAGACGCCGCCCAGGGUUGAUUUCUGCCCGGGUGACCUUUGGAUCCAAGCCUCCAACGGCUCGACCAUUGUGCGCUGGGACGAGCCGAGGUUCAGUGAUGAUGACAAGCUGAUGUCAGUUGUUGAGAUCAAUGACCACGCUCCUGGUCAGCUGUUCUCCUGGGGCUCUCACGACAUCGUCUACAUCGCCAAGGAUGACGCCGAGAAUAGCGCCCUUUGCAGCUUCCGCGUGCACGUGCUCAAGGAGAUAUGCCCGACACCGGAAGAUCCGAAGGGUGGAUACCAGGAGUGCUCCACGUGGGGACCUAACGGACGCUUCCGCUACUGUCAGAUCAGAUGCGACCCAGGACUGCAGUUCAGCCAGCCUAUUCCCGACUUCUAUGUGUGCGGCCCUGAGGGCUUCUGGCGACCCAAUGACCAGCCCAACACGCCUCUCAUCUACCCCAGCUGUGCACCUGCCGAGCAGGCACAGCGUGUGGUCAAAAUCAAGAUGAACUUCCCCUCGUCUGUGUUCUGCAACAACGCCGGAAAGAACGUUCUGGACAAACGCAUCCGGGAGGCCCUGCAGAAACUCAACAAGAACUGGAACUUCUGCAUCAACACCGUAGAAGGUGACGAGUGUGAUGGUCUGAACGUGAACGUCAACUGCGGCCAGCGCGCCCGCUCCAAGCGGCAAACGGAGAACGACGGCCUCUACGAGGUGGAAAUCAGCUUCCCGGCUCAGAACGGACCGGUCACAAACGCCGACACCAACCAGGCAGCUGAUGUUCAGGCGCUCAUAGAGAGGAUCAUUCUGGAAAAUGGCGAAUUUGACGUUCAGUCUCAGCUGCCUAACGUGGUCCCUGACCCGGCCUCUCUGGAACUGGGCUCAGAGUACUACUGUGAACCCGGAAAGGUAGUCUUCGGUGACCAGUGUGUAUCCUGCGCGGCGGGUACGUUCUACGAGCGCUCCACGGGCACCUGUGUGAAGUGUGCACUGGGUACCUAUCAGGAUCAGCUGGGGCAGUCGUCGUGUAUCCCCUGCCCGGCCAUCGCCGGCCGACCGGGGGUUACAGCCAUCCGCGGCGCGCAGAGCGUCGGCGAGUGCAAAGAGCGCUGCUCCGCCGGCCGCUACUACGACAACGAACUGCUGCGCUGUCACGCCUGCGGCUUCGGCAACUACCAGCCUGAGGAGGGACAGUUCUCGUGCUCCCCGUGCGGGCCCGGCCUGACCACGCGCACCUCGGAGAGUGUCACCGGAGAGGAGUGUAAGCCCGAGUGUGACGACGGUGAGCAGCUCUCUCUGGACAACUCGUGCCAGCCGUGUGCACGUGGCACGUACCGCACACGUGGCGAGCAGCCAGCCUGUGUGGCCUGUCCCGAGGGAACCACCACACUGGACCUGGGCUCGAGCACGGUGGAACAGUGUUCACUGCCCAUCUGCCGCGAGGGCACCUUCCUGAACACGACGGACGGCAACCGAUGUAUGGAGUGUCCUCUGGGCACGUACCAGCCCAAGUCGCAGCAGACGGCGUGCAUUGAGUGCCGGCCCGAUACCACCACAGAGCAGGUUGGUGCCACCAGCGCUGAACAGUGCGUAAACCCGUGCGACGGAGCCGGAGACCAGAAAAAGUGUGACGCCAACGCCAUCUGUCUCAUCAACACCGAAACAAACGCCUUCAAGUGCGAGUGCAAACUGGGCUUCGAGGGCAAUGGCUUCAACUGUACUGAUCGCUGUGAAGGCUUCUGUGACAAUUCUGGAGUCUGCGCGAAGGACGAGCGAACGGGAAUGCCCAAGUGUAGCUGCGUUGGCUCCUUCACUGGUGAGCGGUGUGUCGAGAAGUCCAAGUUCGCCUACAUCACCGCUGGAGUUGCCGGUGUCGUGGUUCUCGCCAUCGUCUGCGUGCUAUUCGUCUGGAUGAUCUGCGUCCGAGCCAACAAGAAGAAGCAGCAGGAACCAGUACAGAAGGCCAUGACGAUCCCGCCGGAUGCUGCGUCGCAGGUGAACUUCUACUACGGCGCGCCUACUCCGUACGCUGAGAGCAUCGCUCCUUCCCACCAUUCAACCUACGCACACUACUACGACGAGGAGGAUGACGCCUGGGAGAUGCCCAACUUCUACAACGAGACCUACAUGAGGGACGGGCUCCACCCGGGUAAAGCCAACAGCCUGGCGAGGUCGAACGCCAGUAUCUACGGAGCGGCGCGUCAGGACGAGCUGUACGAUCGGCUGCGCAAACACGCCUACACCGGCAAAAAGGACAAGAACGACACGACAGACGAUAGCGACGACCAGGCCCGCUAGUGGUUCCGUGCCAGGGGAGAAGGCAGCCCGUCCAACCAGCCUGCGAGUCUGGGAGGCCGAGCGGCCCCCCGGACUCCGGAGCGGGGCAUUUACCGGACGUUGCAGCCGAGCCCUGGGGUUACGGGCGGCUGGUAGCGUCGGCUCAACACGCGACUGCCGCGAGAGAGCCCACUUUUCUGGGCGGGUGGGCGAUGCCGGCGUCACGAGGAUCGUAACGUGUCGUAACGGUCGUAACGUUACGAGGAGGUCGUAACGUGACGUGGAGACGAUCGUAAUGUGUCGUAACGAUCGUAACGCACCGUCGUAACGAUCGCAACGUGUCGCAAGGAUCGUAACGUAACGUCGUAACGAUCGUAACGUUACGAGACGCUCGCCAAGAGACCCGGUGCGGUCGGUCGCAGAGGCCAGCCGCCGGAUCCGUCCAGUGCUCAGUUUUCAUGUACCAUUUUACCUAAGUUAUUGUAUGCACGAGUGGGAAGUACCGUGUGUUGGGAUAUCAUUGGAGGGGAGGGAUGGGAUGAUGGGAGGGGUGGGGUCGCUUGGGUGUCGAACUGCAAAAGGACUGCUUUUGUGGUGUGUUUUAUAAGUGAGGCGUCGGUGUGAAUGAGAUUCAGAAUGUUUGUAAAUGUGUUAAGUGUCAGAUUUUGCGUUUGAAGGAUGACCUGUCGUGCUGUCAUGUAUUCCAGUUCUGUCAAACUAUGUCAGAUGUCAUGACAAUAUCGCGAUGCAUCAUGAGAUCUGUCAAACUAUAUCGGAUGUCGACAAUUCUAGCACAAUGAAAGAUCUGUCUCAUGUCGGAUCGCUGCCGUGCUGUUUUGUAUGAUAGAUCUGCUAUAAUAUGUGAAAUAUCCGUCCAGACUUACUAGCAUGAAUCGAGUUGACACUGGAUAUUCUGAAUAAAUGGACGACGCCAAAA